AUGCCUCCUGACAACUGGGCCACUUUGAAGCCUCAAAUAGAGUACUUGUUAUCACCUGCUUUUGAUAACAGGAAACUGAAGGAAAUGACUGAGGACAUUGAUAGGAUAAUGAAUGAGAUGAUCCCUAACAUUGCAUGGGUACCAUUCAUUGAUGCAAGGUUUUUUCGUCCCUCAACAGAAGCAUUUACAUCCGCAGCUUCUUCCCAGGACACCGCCCUCGUCUAG